AUGGCCGAAAACUCAGCAAACACAGCUAAAAUGGCGAGGUUUUUGGCCAUUACUCAAAUCCUUACUGGAGUUUUACUGCUAUGUUUUGGCAUUGCCGAUCGACUUGUCCCCGGAGGGACAAUUCGCUACGGGCAUUUCGGAGUUUUCUUUGGAAUAUGGGUAAGCAAUAUUUUUAAUUCCUACUUAAUCUGAUAAAACUUGUUAUAAGUAAUGGUCCAGAUAAGAAGGAAGGAACCAAAUGCAAUGAACACGUCGGAACGCAUAAAGGUGCUAAUUUCUGCUUGGUUUAAUCAUAAAAUCUUACGAAAUUUCACAAAGCAGCAUGUAUAUUAAUCCCUUGUAUUCAAACCAACUUCCUUAUAACAAAAUCUCGUCUUAGUGUCACACAGAAAUCCUAUGAGAGGAACAUGUAAAAUUGUAAACUUUUCUUGGCUAUUGUUUGUAACUCUUAUGAUUGCAUGGUCGAAAUCUUUUAACACAAUGAAACACCCUUUAAAACAUGAAGUUUAAAUAUAUUUUAUUUCGUAAACUGUCUCUUGGUAGGUUUGUCCAUUCUCUGCCGAAAACAUUCCUAGUAUGUAAUCAACAAAAGAGAUUACUUCCGUGUAACCCGGAUCAUUACUUAGAUGCCGUUUAAAAAGGGUCUGACUGAAUCAUAUAUACGCCUUGAAACACGUUUUUUUAAAAUACGGACAUUUUUAUAGGAAUAACGAGGUUCCGUUUGCCCAGAUAUCAAUAACAACGAAAGAACGAUCGACGCCAAUGCAAAUCAAUUGACGGUUCAUCGGGUACUGAAUGCAUUACAAAGCUUGGUUUUGUUUUGUUCGCCCUUGAAGUGAGCGGAACACUCUUAACCCAUUCGCUCCUGGAGAUUUUGCCGAAAAGACGCGUUUUGAAGCUAGUCGGGUGGUUUUCUGGUCACUGUCGUGCUAUAAAGAGCUAAAACUUACCACAAACCGCUUUGCAGGUCGUACACUUCGCGGCCUUCUGAUCCAGAUGCAAAAUAUCAGCUUGCGAAGUUCGGGCAUGCGCAGAAAGCAAAAUUUCGACAGUGUUUGGGUUUAAAAGUGACACAGCAGUCUUGACUUUUACUUUUCGCUUUCUCUCCUCCCCUCUUUUUUCGCUUUUGUUGCCUCAUUUUUUUUUCUCUUACUGGGGAUUUAGUAGGCUUCAUUUUGGUGGGAAUAUUUUUUAGGAAAGCUUUUAGGAUCUUAGGAUUAGGUGAAAGGAAAGGUAGGUGGGCAAUGGAACAAGAUUUUCAUGGAGAUUUUCAGGUCAAUGUUACAUGGUUUUUUGCCUCUUUCUCCGGUUUCCUUGACUGAAUUGUGCUCAUUCUGGCAUGGUUUGAAAGAUCUCUUCACUCUGCACAAGUUAGCGGACAAAGUUGUCCUUGACCGUUAAAACUGAUGACGUCACAAGGGGUAGAAAGGACGUGGAUCCGCACGGGCGGUUACGGGCGGUUCAGGGGCGAAUGGGUUAAGGAGCCCAGGAAUCUUGUUUUAAAAAAGUAAGGCUUAAUGACUUCGCGAUACAUUUCAGUCUCAGUUCAUUGAGCCCGAAAUUUCAAGACAAAAACGUCCGAAAAGUGCUCAUUUAAUUUUCUUUUUAGCCAAACAUAUUUUUUUCCCAAAACAAUUUGGCGUGAUGGAUCGAUGACCAAUAUAUUUUUGAGGAAGUCUAAUACAGUUCUACAUAUCUGUAUUAGAAUGUGGUAAUAUUUUUGUAUAUUAUACAGUGCAGGGAAGGGGAAGACAUUACCAAAAUGUAGACGAGAGGGAGGCUUGCUUACGGUCGAAAUAUUUUCCUUUGGGCGUGGUUGUAAGUCGUUUGUAGAGAGAAUUGGUUGUUUCCAUCUUGAUACUUCUUACUGAGAAAAAAGUCAGAAACAAAAUUAAACACCAAACCAAAACAAAAAUUUCCCCGAAUUCUUUCGCUUCUAUUCAACAUAUGUGGCAUCACUCUGCUUUGGGACCGACAUUCUAGCCGAAGACACGUUUCAGGCAUUUGAUUUAACUCUACUCAAAGCGUGGCAAGUCGCCUUUAAAUUAGAUUUUAUUAUGUAUAAACCAUUCAUUGUUAUCUCUUCGGUUACAGACGUGUAUCACAGGGGCUCUAGGAAUCCCCGGAAGUGGUAGAGAAAGGACAAAUAUCCGCAAUGCUUUUGUAAGUAAAGCGUUGCCCUUAUUGUUGCCCAACGGCCUUAAUAUGAUGUUGACCAUUCCUUUUAACUUACAGUUUCCUAGUGGAAUUUUUGCUUAUUUUUUUUUAUGAACAUAUUUUUUCAGGCUGCCCUUUUCAUAGGUUUCUCCAAUAUAUCCGCCGGUUUUGGUGCGGUAAUCAUUAUAGUUUACAGCAUUCUGAUUACCUUGAAUGACGCGGAUAAUGACGACUUCGAGUCCGACAAUAGGUACCAUCAAAGAAAGGUGGUUAUUUCCGCCUUCAUGCUCAUUCUGGGUAUCGCUACGUUUGUGAUUGGAAUGUGGGCAGCGAUGUGCACCUGUUUGCUGAAACCCUGUUGCCAACAGCCGCAGGUAAAGUAGCCAUAACUCGUCCCAAGUAAGAGGCGAAUCUUUAAGGCAGUCUUGGAUUCUGAAUUCCACGAUGUGGAUUCCGAAAUCUAGGUACUGGAUUCCGGAUUCGUUGUCAAAGGAACCUGGAUUACAGAUUGCAAUCGUUAGCGAGAUUCCGGAAUCCUAGAGUUGAAUUCCAAGGAUUCCUUAUUUUACAAGCAAAAAUAUCCCUGAUUCCGGAAUCCAGAUGAGGCGACAAAACUCAAGCUCAUACGUCUUGCCUUUCUACGUGUUCUAAAGCUGUACCACUUCGAGUUGGUCUGUAAUGUAAAUUAAAAUAAACUGUCACUCGAGCCGAUGGGAGUCAGCAUUGUCAAAAUUUCCUUGAGACAUUUUUGUGGGUAACAGUCGAACCUCUAUGUGCAACCAGCUCCCAUAAGCGACCACCUCUCCAAAACACCAAAAUUUUCCCAGUCAAAGCCUCACAGUUCUGACAGUUGGAACCACUAGUAAAAGAUCACCUCCUAUACGCGAUCGCGACCAGAUUUCGGGGCUGGCGGUUUUAAUAAUUUUCCAUUGUUUUUAACCUCUUGCAAGCGCCACUUCACGCACAAUGUAGAUGUUGAGAACUGAGUCUAAAAUAGGGUCGUCGCCUCGAAGAGUUGAGCCAUUUUUGUAGGUUUCAAUAAAAUCUCCAAAUAUCAGUAUAGAUAUGUUAAGAGAAAGAGAGAGUAGAAAUAUAAAGGAGAAGCCAUUCACAUAAUUUUGGAUACCAAAAGACGUAUUUGAAAUAUCUAAGCUCCGAAACUGGGGGCUGACAAUGGAAUUUAUAGUGCGGCUCAUCUCCUUUCUGGAGGUCCAUUUAUUGCUUUUUGUAGUCCACUCUUAACCUCUAAAGAAAAUGAGUGAAUCAGCUACCACUGUAAAGUUUCCGGUAAACUUACAGGAAUUUGCAUACUUCAAUCGCUAACAGGAAGAGCAGAGCAUGUGCAGUAACAACCCAACGGAUGGAUACCUCAUAUCCCAGCUUAACGGAGGUGAUCCUGUGGCUACUUCGAUUCAACUAGGUAGUGCUGGAACUGCACCACAGGGUUCCCAUCAACCGGUGGUCCUGGUGCCUGUUUCUGGUGCGUCACCAUGUCAGCAUGAGAUUGUCCAAGUUGCCUCGUCUGAAGGGAUGGCAACGAGCAACCCACAAGAGCAGUUUCAAUCUCAUCUCGUGCGCAUUAGUCCAUCUGAGGCAAUGUCAAGUACAGAUUCCUCCCCUCAGGAGAGUGAAAUUCCCUGUUCGUUUAAGCAUGGUGGUUACGCACUACCGAAACACGAGGAGGUAGGUGUGGCUUUCUGUGUAGUAGGGAGAGGAAUUCCAAUCGAAAGGUUUCCGAUCAUGUUUAGUUUUGGGAACAAGGACCAACGUUACAAAACAGAAUGACCGAAUCCCAGUAGAGGAUCUAAUUAGCCAUAACUUCAACAUCAACGGAAAAAAGCAAGGCUGAUUUUACAUUUCAAAUUUCUUUUAUAAAACGACUUCAACGGUUUUUGUUUUCAUAUACUUUCAUCGUUCACUUUCUCCUUUUUAUUCUGACACUCAUAGUAUCAUAUUACAGGCUAUCUUUUAUUGUGUGACCAUGUCAUUUGUAUGUAAGACCCUGAAGAAGAAAGGCCGUGCCUUUCGAAAUAUUGGUAAUACAAAGUAGCGUAAUUGGUUUGUUUACAAGCGACGCGAGCCACCUUGUAAACGAUAAAAGCCAUGCACGAGAGAAAUCUCUGCUAGUUCCUGCUUGCAGGGUAAAUCAGUGUUGGGUAACAUUUCUUGGCAGUCUCGGCUGUUUUGUACUGCCACGUUUCGUGUAAAUGCUUUUGAGAGAGAACUAUCCGUUAGCCCUUUAAAAGCAGUGAUUGACUGUUUUAUUAAGUCGAACCCACAUAUACAUUUACUAAGUAAAGUACGAUCACCGGUCAGUAUGUGCCACCCAAGGCACUGUUUGUAACAACAAGCACAACUCGUCACAAACCAGGGGCGUAGCUAGGGGGCGGGGGUCCUGGGGUGCCCGUGACCCCCCCCUUGGUAGGCCUUCUUUUGAGCAAACAACCUACAAUAUUCAGGUGGCGAAAACGCCAUGACAAUAUCUUGGCCGUAAAAGCCAUUGUUGAAAAGCCCACUUUUUUAAAAUUUGUUUUUUUGUAAAGUAUUUUCGUCAACGGCUCUUGUCUUUAGUUAAUAUUGGCCUUCAUGCCGCGAUAAUACGACCGAUCCCGCUGAUACACGAGGGAGAGCAGCGGUAUAAACGAUAUAUAGUCGGCGAUCCCCCGAUGGUGUCCCUAUUGUGACCCCCCCUUUGAAAAAUCUUGGCUACGCCCCUGCAAACGGACGGAAAGUUUAAGCAAAGCAAAGUGUAUGUUAUCCACUCAUUAUUAUUAUGUGCUUCUAAUGCUUGUUCUUUCCUUUUCUCUCUCUAAUAGAAUCAAGUGGAUGUGUAG